AUGGCUCGGGGUGGGGCGGGGGCAGAGGAGGCCUCCCUCCGCUCAAACGCGUUGUCCUGGCUGGCCUGCGGGCUCCUGGCAUUGCUGGCCAACGCCUGGAUCAUCCUCAGCAUCUCGGCCAAGCAGCAGAAGCACAAGCCGCUGGAGCUGCUGCUCUGCUUCCUGGCAGGCACGCACAUCCUCAUGGCGGCCGUGCCCCUCACCACCUUCGCUGUGGUGCAGCUCCGGCGCCAGGCCUCCUCCGACUAUGACUGGAACGAGAGCAUCUGCAAGGUCUUCGUGUCCACCUACUACACGCUGGCCCUGGCCACCUGCUUCACCGUCGCCUCGCUCUCCUACCACCGCAUGUGGAUGGUGCGUUGGCCCGUCAACUACCGCCUCAGCAACGCCAAGAAGCAGGCACUGCACGCCGUCGUGGGCAUCUGGAUGGUCAGCUUCAUCCUCUCCACACUGCCCUCCAUUGGCUGGCACAACAACGGCGAGCGCUACUACGCCCGCGGCUGCCAGUUCAUAGUCUCCAAGAUUGGCCUCGGCUUCGGCGUCUGCUUCAGCCUCUUGCUACUUGGGGGCAUUGUCAUGGGGCUGGUCUGUGUGGCCAUCACCUUCUACCAGACGCUGUGGGCCCGGCCCCGGAGGGCUCAACAAGCCCGGAGAGCAGGGGCUGGGGGCGGGGCCAAGGGGGGUGGGCCAGGGGGGUUGGGCACCCGGCCAGCCUUUGAGGUGCCGGCCAUUGUGGUGGAGGAUGCCCGAGGGAAGCGGCGGUCCUCGCUGGAUGGGUCCGAGUCGGCCAAGACAUCCCUGCAGGUCACCAACUUGGUCAGCGCCAUCGUCUUUCUCUAUGACUCACUCACAGGGGUGCCCAUCUUGGUGGUGAGCUUCUUCUCCCUGAAGUCGGACUCGGCUCCCCCCUGGAUGGUGCUGGCUGUGCUGUGGUGCUCCAUGGCACAGACGCUGCUGUUGCCUUCCUUCAUCUGGUCCUGCGAGCGCUACCGCGCCGACGUGCGCACGGUGUGGGAGCAGUGCGUGGCUCUCAUGUCCGAGGAGGACGGCGACGACGAUGGGGGCUGUGAUGAUUAUGCAGAUGGCCGAGUGUGCAAAGUUCGCUUUGAUGCCAACGGGGCUACAGGACCAGGGGGCAGGGACCCUACCCAAGUGAAGCUGCUGCCUGGAAGGCACAUGCUCUUUCCCCCUCUUGAGACGGUCCACUACUUACAGGUCCCUCUGUCCCGCCGUCUGUCCCACGAUGAGACCAACAUCUUCUCUACUCCUCGGGCACCUGGCUCCUUCCUGCACAAGUGGCCGUCCUCUGAUGAUAUCCGGGUCCUCCCAGCCCAGAGCCGGGCCCUAGGGGGCCCUCCUGAGUACCUGGGACAAAGACAAGGGCUGGAGGAGGAGGAGGCUGAAGGUGGGGGGCUGGCCAGUCUUCGCCAAUUCCUGGAGGGCGGAGUUCUGGGGUCAGGUGGGGGACCCCCACGGGGUCCAGGCUUCUUCCGAGAGGAGAUCACCACCUUCAUUGACGAGACACCUUUGCCUUCUCCGACGGCCUCGCCAGGGCCCUCUCCUCGCCGGCCCAGGCCGCUGGGAGUCUCACCCCGCCGACUCUCCCUUGGGUCCCCUGAUAGCAGAGUCGUUGGACUUCCUUUGGGGCUAAGUGCAGGGCGACGCGGCUCCCUGACAGGAGGCGAGGGGAGUGCAAGAGCUUGGGGAGGACCCUGGGACCCAGGUAACCCCAUCUUCCCCCAGCUGACCCUGUGAGCCCAAGUGGGCCUGCUGGACUGGGGGUGGGGGGGCCUGGGUGCGUAACACCUCGUUCUGUCUCUGAGCCUGAGUCAGCUGCCCCCAGACUC